AUGGCAACUCAGCAGCAUGAAUUUGCCGUGCAUGCUGCCAAUGGCUGGCAGCCGAACUGGAAUCUUCUCAAUGUCCGCUCGGAACCAGGAUCUGGAACGUCGACUCCAAGAAUAUCAGCACAACGUGGCGGGAUAGUCGUCUUCUCAGGCGGGAGCGCUGCCAACAGUCUCGUCGACGUGUUCAAUGAGAUACGAGAAGCAAACAAUACUUCACUCAGCUAUGUCAUCCCGAUCUCUGAUAAUGGUGGCUCUUCUAGCGAGCUGAUACGCGUCUUUGGAGGGCCUGGGAUUGGAGAUGUGCGCUCUCGUCUAGUCCGCCUGAUUCCAGACGAGGGAGACGAAGCCCAGGCCAUCAAGACGUUCUUCAAUCAUCGCCUGCCCCGAGGCUAUGCGCCAGCGAGGGCAGAGUGGCUGGACAUUGUCGAAGCGACGCACUCGCUAUGGAACGGCAUUUCGUCUCCUAAGAAGGAGCUGAUCCGCAGCUUUCUCAAUUCCAUGAACCAGGAAAUUGUAAAGCGCCUCCGACCAACAAGCAAGUUCGAUUUCUCAGGUGCCAGCAUCGGCAACCUCUUCUUGACUGGUGCUCGACUCUUCACUGGUAGCUUCGAGGCCUCUAUCUACCUGGUAUCCAGCAUUUGUGGCGUUCCUUCGACAGUCUCUAUUUUGCCUGCCUUGAAUACCAACUUCGCUCAUCACAUAGCAACAGGACUAGCGAAUGGCACUAUUAUAUACGGUCAAAACAACAUCAGUCAUCCAAGCGUGCCCGCCGCUCCAGUAGACCAUGUCCCGGUCUCGCCGAUGCAAGCACUUCGAGUCGAAACGGAAGAGCACGACAAGGUCGAAGAUGCGAACAUGCCCGGGACUCUACCUACUCUCAGGAAGCCCGCCAUCACGUUUUCCAAAGAGGACGAAGAGGAGCUGCCAGCCCGCAUCGAGCGACUCUGGUACAUCAACCCUUACGGUCAAGAGAUCACCAUUCCUGCCAACCCAAGAGUUGUGGAGUCUCUGAGGAACUCAUCCUGCAUCAUUUACAGCAUUGGCUCGCUUUUCACCUCGAUCAUUCCAUCCCUGGUUUUGAAAGGUGUCGGUGCUGCCAUUGCAUCUCCCCUCAUCCGAACUAAGAUCCUCAUCCUCAAUGGCACGCUGGACCGCGAGACUGGGCCAUCUACCAACCCAUUCACAGCUCUAGACUUCAUUGCUGCAAUUGCGUGCGCAUGUCGUGACUCGCAAGGCCUUCCCAGACCAAAUGCUGAAGACUACUGGCAGUACGUCACGCACGUCAUCUACCUCGACGGCCCGUUGUCCCCCAAGCUGGACAAAGAGGCUCUGAGCAAGAUCGGCAUUGAGUCACUUCGGGUUUAUGGUCGGAGUGACGAGAGUAGAAAAGGCGGCCGUUAUGAUGCGAGAGCGCUUACCCAAGCAUUAGAAGCCGUAAUCGGGCGGAAAGACCCCAAAGGUCGGUCGAGACGAAACACUGUGAUCACUUGA